AUGAUGCGAAAAAAAGAAACUUAUACCAUCGUCACACCCAUCCCUUCCUGCGUUCCUCGCCAACUGGCUAUUGACAUCCUCCAUAGCCAUAGCGAGAUCAUUACACUCAACCCACUGGUGCUGUCCCACCGCCCGAUCAAAGCCCCGCGAGAUGCUGCCGCGGACGAGUACUACUCCACGUGGUAUGAGAUUACCGAGCGGGUCCAAUAUGUUCCCGGCAUAGGAAAGAUGGGGUCCGGCAAGAUCAAGUUCAAGGGCUGUUUUCACAACGUCUCCUGGGGGCUUCAGACGCACAUGUAUGCUCCCAUGGGAAUUGACCUCCAGAGCAAAUGGCGUAUCGGGGGUAACCAACCUGAUGAGCCGCCUGAACUUCAGGAAUCUCAUUUAGGGAAUGCCCCGAAGAAUGGACUCUAUCUCCGCGAGAAUAUCGAAAUAGAAUGCAACAUCACACUCAUGUCAUUUGUCAAAAAUCAGUUGAAGGCGUCCUCAAAGGUGCUGGUGGAUCGCUUGAUUAAGAAGGCCGAACUUCUCGAUGCAGGCGUUCUACAGGCGAUGAUGGAGGACGGGAAACUAAGGACAUUUAACCCUGCCGAUCGAUCAAGCAGGAUAUCAUUGCAAUCUCCAUCGCGGUCACUAUCACUACAGCAAGGUCAAAUGUCACCGACAUUGCCCUAUAAUGUCCCAACGUCGCCGACUGACUGCGUACGACUGAGCUCGGUGCCUGAGAAGUCUUUUUUACCCUUCAAUUACGGACAAGAAUGCAGUAAAGGUGUCGCAGUGGAGUUACCGGCCGACUCUUAUUAUCCAAACCUCCUGGAAUCCAAGAAAUGGCACGAGUUGUCGGAUGUCGACAGCGGCCGACAUUUCAAGUCCAGAACAUUAUCUAGCUCACAUAGGGACUCAAAUACUACGACUGGCUUGCUUUCCUCCAGAUCUGACGAGAAAUACCCUGCGGAAUUGUCCACAAGGAAAGAGAAUAACCGUUACCAUAACUGA